GUAAUGCGCAACUCCGGCAGUGCAGAGUGCAUUUUGAAAUUUUGAAGCUUCCACAAGUGAAUCUGAUAAAUCAUCACAACUGAAUUAAAAUUUCCGGAAAAUAUAAUAUAGUGUAGUGUGGCGACCUUCGAUUGGAAGGAUUUCUGCAAGGGUGGAGGUGGAAGUCUCGGAUUUUUCACGGACCACAACGCCCUUGUGAAAAUCUUUAGCCGUUUUUUGUAGGACGUUUGUUGACGGCGAAGACAGACGAUACCAGCUUCAAAAUGAUGAGCUCAAAGCAACAACCCAAGAAGGAAGGAAAGAUGAGGAUACGAGCAUUUCCCAUGACCAUGGAUGAAAAGUAUGUCGAAACGAUUUGGACCCUGCUGAAAAGUGCAAUACAAGAAAUUCAAAAGAAGAACAACUCCGGUUUGAGUUUCGAAGAACUGUAUAGGAAUGCCUACACCAUGGUUCUUCAUAAACAUGGCGAAAGACUUUACAGUGGAUUAAAAGAAGUAGUCUCGCAGCACUUGGAAUCUAAGGUCCGAGAGGAAGUGCUUCGCUCGUUGAACAACAACUUUCUUCUUACUCUAAACCAAGCAUGGAAUGACCACCAAACCUCGAUGGUUAUGAUUCGUGACAUUUUGAUGUACAUGGACCGAGUUUACGUGCAACAGAAUAAUGUUGACAAUGUUUACAAUUUAGGGUUAAUCAUUUUCCGUGAUCAGGUUGUUCGGUAUGGCGGAAUUCGUGAUCAUUUAAGAGAUACGCUUCUCGAUUUGGUAAUGCGAGAGCGCCGUGGAGAAGUGGUUGAUCGCCUCGCUAUUAAGAAUGCCUGCCAGAUGCUCUACGUUUUGGGCAUUGAAGAUCGCUCAGUUUAUGAAGAGGAUUUCGAAGGACCUUUCCUGCAGCAGUCGGCAGACUUCUAUCGGAUGGAAAGUCAAAAGUUUCUGGAAGAAAACAGUGCGUCGGUUUACAUAAAGAAGGUUGAAGCUAGAAUUAAUGAGGAAGCUGAACGUGCAAAGCAUUACCUUGAUGAAUCAACCGAAUCCAGAAUUGUCAAGGUCGUGGAGGAAGAACUAAUCAAGAAACAUAUGAAAACAAUUGUUGAGAUGGAAAAUUCUGGUGUUGUUCAUAUGCUCGAGAAUCAAAAGACGGAUGAUUUGGCAUGCAUGUACAAACUCUUCAGUCGUGUUCCUGACGGCCUCAAAACCAUGGCUGACUGUAUUAGUAAAUACCUUCGAGAUCAAGGAAAACGAUUAGUACAAGAACAUGAUGGAGUGAAUGCAAUUAGCUUUGUGCAGAGCCUACUUGAUCUGAAGGACAAGUUUGAUCACUUUCUUAUCAACUCAUUUAGCAAGGACAAAAUAUUCAAACAAAUGAUUGCUGGCGACUUUGAGCAUUUUUUGAACUUAAAUCAAAAGUCUCCAGAGUAUUUGUCACUGUUUAUUGAUGACAAGCUCAAAAAGGGGGUUAAAGGGAUGUCAGAGCAGGAUAUCGAAGCCGUGUUGGAUAAAACAAUGGUCUUGUUCCGAUUUUUGUUAGAAAAGGACGUCUUUGAACGUUACUAUAAACAACACUUGGCUAAGCGGCUUCUCCUAAAUAAAUCAGUUUCAGACGACAGCGAGAAGAAUAUGAUUUCUAAACUAAAGACUGAAUGCGGAUGUCAGUUCACUACCAAACUCGAAGGAAUGUUCAAAGACAUGACUGUGUCUAACACAAUCAUGGAGGAGUUCAAAGAUCACAUUACCACCACCGGAAUUAGCCUUCACGGUGUCGAUUUAAGUGUUCGUGUUCUCACAACUGGAUUCUGGCCAACUCAAUCUGCUAAUGCUAAGGGAAUUAUUCCACAAGCACCCAGAGAAGCAUUUGAAGUGUUUAAGAGAUUUUAUCUCGCCAAACACAGUGGACGACAAUUGACAUUAAAUCCCCAGUUGGGCUCGGCUGAUUUAAAUGCUGUUUUCUUUGGGCCCAAGAGAGAAGAAGGUGAAGGCAAAGAUGGAGCUAGUUCUUCAACGUCUAUGGUGGCAGUUUCUAAUUCUAAUCAGAAAUUGGGUCCACGAAAACACAUAAUCCAAGUUUCUACCUACCAGAUGUGCAUCCUGGUAUUGUUUAAUAGCCGUGAUGAAUUAACGUAUGAAGAAAUUCUUCAGACAGACAUCCCGGAAAAAGACCUCGUACGUGCCUUGCAGAGUUUAGCAAUGGGGAAACCAUCUCAACGAAUUUUAACAAAGAACCCCAAGACAAAAGAAAUUGAUCCAGCCGAUACUUUUAGGAUUAAUGAUUCCUUCACUUCCAAACUGCACAGGGUUAAAAUACAAACAGUAGCAGCUAAAGGAGAAUCAGAGCCCGAGCGAAAAGAAACCAGAAACAAAGUGGAUGAAGAUAGAAAGCAUGAGAUAGAAGCUGCCAUUGUCCGUAUCAUGAAGGCCAGAAAGAAGCUUGCGCACGCUAGUCUCGUAGCCGAAGUUACCGAACAACUGAAAAGUAGAUUUUUACCUGCCCCUGUUGUAAUCAAGAAACGCAUAGAAGGGCUUAUCGAACGUGAAUACCUCGCACGAACAGCAGAUGAUAGGAAAGUCUACACUUAUGUUGCGUAAUGUCGUAAUCAUUAUCAUCAUCCUUUCAAUUUCGUCUCAGAGAAAACAUCCGGAUCAACAUAAUUACAGAUUAUAUAUACACAUAUAUAUAUAUUCUUGACGUCUCGUCAUUAAGAUGACUCACGAAUUUUGUCCUUGAGUUUAAUUGAUUUGAGAUUUUUGUCUGUUCUCUCAAGUAUAAAUUUUGGUAUAAAACGAUCGGAACCACCUGUAAUAUAUAAUUGUCAUCAUCAUCGCCAUCAUCAAUCAUGAUAUUUCAACUGUAUAGUAUUCAAUGUUGAAAAUUGAGUCAUCUGCCGAUGAGGAGGACAUCGCCCAUACAAAUGUGAUAGUAGUUGUAGGAUUAACUAAAUUAAAAGUGUUAACGUAUAAUAACAAUAGAAAUCAUACAUACAUAUAAAUACGCUCAUUUUAUUAGGGUUUGUAAAAUAUACCUUUCUGAUUUCAUUUUUUUUGUAACUGAUGACACGACACAUUUCACUAAAGUUUCACUGUUUUCAUUCUUAUUAGAAACUGUAAUUUAAAACAAAAUUGUUUUAUAGUUGAACGCAAAAGCAAACUACAUGCCCAACUUUAUACCAACUGCUGCUAUUUACUCUCAGAGUUAAUGUAAUCAGUGAUAUAUAGUCAUGCACUUGUAUCUUUGUAAAUCAAACGAUGAUCAAACUGUUUCAAAGAGUUUGGCUCAAAUAUGAUUGAGAGUGCGACUCACAUGAAGAAAUAAUUGAUUAACAACUCUAUAUGCAUUUCCGUCUAGUUUGAAUUGUAUUAAAACAUCGAGAAGUUUGUGUUUUGCUCAAUACUCAAACAACUGAAUCUUUUAUUUAUUAAUUUAUGAGCUUUCUAUACGACAUAAGCCGUCUGUCCGUUUAUUUAAUCGAAACAACUCUAUUACAAAUCGCCAUCUUUAAUACAAUUUGAAAUGAAAACUCUCUGCUUUGUUUAUAAGUAUUAAUUAUUAUUACAAAUAGGAUGAAAAGUUUGAUUGGUUUGUUUGAUUGGUUUCAUACCUUGAUUUGAAUGUAUUUAUUUAUAUAUAACGGUAUUAUUACUACUCUCAUUAUCAAAGUAAUAUAUGCAUGGGUGCAACCAGGAGGUUAACGCUGGGGUACAUUUUGAUAUAUGUAUAAGAUAUCCCCCAGCUAUAUCCUCCUUGUUGUGCCGGUGAAUAUAUAAUUAUUAUGUAUGUACAGAUUAUUAUAUCAAUUCUAGGUUUUCCCCACAUUAGACUAUUUAGUUGUCUAAUGCAAAUAAGCUGAACGUGUAAAAACUUACAUAUGUAAGUGAACGCAAUGAGAUAAAUGAUAAAUUAGGGAAGGUGACGUUCUUUGUCAUCUCAGUAAAUAUGGAAUAUGUAACUGUAACACCACUCAUAUUCUAAAAAAGAAAACAUGAAUAAAACUUUGAAACUCGGUG